AUGCCUGCACUGGUUGCGAACACUCCUUCGCUGGAGUCGCUCACAUCCUCAUUUCCCCUUACAUCUCCUGUGCCCACUCCCACGACACUGCAGAUCUGGUCUCGACGAAAGACAUCGUCAGAGAAGAGGACUCCUGCGAAACCCGUUCUCAUUCCGUCAUGGUGGACUGCCAUUCAGAACACGAAAGAGGCGUCUUCAACAUUACUCAAGGCCGAGGGACCGUUGGACCUCAGUCCGGACGCUUCUCUCGUCAACUUCCCGACCUCCUUCAAACUAUGGAAGUCAUAUCUGCAGACGCGAAUGACUACGGCUGGCGGACGGAAGAAGCUCCCUGAGAUGAGGGAGGCACUGGAAGAUGAGAAGGAGGAUAUGGAACAAUGGGACGGAGGGCUCGACGGGAUCGUUGGGUGGGAGGAGUGGAAAGCCUUAGUUGCGACGUUUGAACGUGCUCUCAUGUGGUUACCCAAAAUGCCACGAAUCUGGUUGUUGUACCUCUCCAUCUUCAACCACCCAUUCUGUCCCCCUAUUCUCUCCUACACACACGCUCGACGAACGUACGACCGAGCCCUCCGAACCCUUCCUCCUUCCCUGCACGCGCGAAUAUGGGCACGUUACCUCCUCUGGGCUGAGAGCAAAGGCGGCGCCACAACUGUGGCCGUAUAUCGACGCUACCUUGCUGUCGACCCCAGUAUCACGGAACGAUACACUGCGCUCCUGCUCUCGGAGCACAAUCCUGAUUCGCGACCCUCGGAGGCUGCGAAACUGCUGCUGUCCCUAGCGCGAAAGGCUGCAAGAGGCGAGUACACCAGUCCAGAAGGCAAGAGCCCGUACCAACUACUGGGCGACUUCCUGGACGUCGUGGAGCAGCAUGCAGAAGAGGUGGGAAUGGAUGUUGACGACACCGACGAAGAGCAACAGACCUCAACGGUCCCUGCGGAGCCCGCGUCCGUGAACGGUCAGUUGAUCCGGUUCGCAGGCCCCGCAGUGGCCGUUGGUUCUGAUGGUAAGACGCCUCUCCCACCAUACGACAAGGACGAGGACCCUACUAGUCCGAGAAAACUUAACAUCGAGCGCAUUGUGCACAAAGACGGCUUGGAGGUCUAUAAAGAUCAGGCAGGACGACUUUGGACGGGCCUUGCGACAUACUGGAUCAAGCGUGGCGAGUUCGACCGCGCGAAGAUGACCUUCGAGAACGGCAUUGCUUCCGUCCUCACCAUUCGCGAUUUUACACAAAUAUUCGACGCCUAUGCCGAGUUCUCGGAGAGUCUCAUCAGCGCUCUCAUGGAGAGUAUGGCCAACCCGGACGACGAUGAGGACGAAGAGGACGUCAAGGAGACCGAGGCGGAGUUGGACACGAAGAUGAAAGAGUUUGAGGAGCUCAUGGACAGGAGACCGUUCCUGGUCAAUGACGUUCUUCUCAGACGAAACCCUAACGAUGUUCAGGAAUGGGAGAAGAGAGUGGCCCUUUGGGGGACGAAUGACGAGAAGGUUGCUGAAACAUACGGCGAAGCACUCUCAACCGUACACCCUAAGAGAGCUACUGCCAACUUCCAUCGGCUAUUUAUCAACUUCGCAAAGUUCUAUGAGGAAGGCGGGGCGACAGGAGAGGCCGAGAAGGACCUCGAUAGCGCACGCAAAGUCCUCGAGAAGGCCACAAAGGUCAACUUCAAGGCUGUCGACGAGCUUGCGGAGGUAUGGUGCGAAUGGGCUGAAAUGGAGAUUCGACACGAAAACUACGACGAGGCCAUUCGAGUCAUGCAACGCGCAGCAGCGAUUCCGAAGAACACGAAGGUCAACUAUCACGAUCAGUCUCUCUCCGUACAAGUACGGUUGUUCAAGUCUCUCAAACUCUGGUCCUUCUAUGUCGACCUUGAGGAGUCACUGGGAACAGUUGAAUCCACGAAGGCAGUGUACGACAAGAUCCUUGAACUCCGCAUAGCCAACGCGCAGCUCAUUGUCAACUACGCCGCCUUCCUCGAAGAGAACAAGUACUAUGAGGAGAGCUUCAAGGUCUACGAAAGAGGAACCGAGCUCUUCACGUUCCCGGUAUCGUUUGAGAUCUGGAACAUCUACCUCGCCAAGUUCACCAAGCGAUAUGGCGAGACAAAGAUUGAGCGUGCAAGAGACCUCUUCGAACAAGCGCUUGAGAAGUGUCCGCCGAAGUCGUGCAAGCCGAUCUUCUUGAUGUAUGCUACUACGAAGAAGACCAUGUCCAUCUAUGAUCGUGCCACAAGGGUCGUACAAGACGAGGACAAGUUUGAGCUGUUCACCAUCUAUAUCGCCAAGGCAACAGCCAACUUUGGUCUCCCCGCUACGCGACCAAUAUACGAGCGAGCAUUGGAGAUGCUGCCAGACAAGCAGACUGCAGAGAUGUGUCUACGUUUCGCUUCAAUGGAGCGGAAGCUCGGUGAGAUAGAUCGCGCUCGCGCUAUCUACGCCCAUGCCUCGCAAUUCUGCGACCCACGAGUCAACCCCAAAUUCUGGGCGGAAUGGAACAGCUUCGAGAUCGAGACGGGCUCCGAAGACACGUUCCGCGAGAUGCUCCGCAUUAAGCGGAGUGUCCAGGCUCAGUUCAACACGGAGGCAUCGUAUCUGGCGGCGCAGAUGGCGACGAAGGAGGGGAAGGGCGAGGCGGCCGACGAACCAGCGGUCACAGCAGACCCGAUGGCACAAGCAGAGCGACAAGCCGGCAAGGAGUCGGAGGUACCACCGCCGCUGGCAACGCAGAUGAAUCCAAAUCGAGAUGAUGAUCUAUAG